UGCAAAGCGUACACCGUGCCACGCACAGCUCUUGCCGAGACUCGAGACUUCUCUUCGAACUUUCCAUUAAUUGUGCAUCGAUUAUUCUUCGAUACUUUUUCCACGUAUUCUUGGAUAAAGGUGCACCACUCACUUUUAGAUAUAAAUACUUUGGGGAAAAAAAAGCAGACGGAUACUCUCGAAUAACGUACUGCCAAAGUUUUGGUCAAGCCACUUCUGCACGACACGAACUUUCCAUUCUAUGGUAUACUUUCUUAUAUUAAGAAACCAUGAUCUGAAUCAAGGUGACAUACAUACAUCUUGAUAAACACUGGCCAAAAAAUAUAUUCUAAACAUUAAGGAUAUGAUAUCGUAUAUCUGGAUAAAGAAAUUUGUCCAAGAAUGUUCAAGAAAGUGAUUGUAGGCAUUUCUGGUGGAGUUGAUAGUGCUGUAGCUGCACUUUUGUUGAAAAACAAAGGAUUCAACGUUACUGGAGUAUUUAUGAAAAAUUGGGACAUUGCCGAUGAAACAGGAAAAUGUUCUGUCGAACAAGAUCAAGAACAUGCCCAAUGGGUGUGCAAUAAACUAAAGAUUCCUCUCGUAGAAGUAAAUUUUGUAAAGGAAUAUUGGAACAAUGUGUUCAGUUACUUGAUAGAUCAUUAUGAGAAGGGAUAUACGCCAAAUCCUGAUAUUCUAUGUAACAAAUGUAUUAAAUUUGACAAAUUUUUUCAUUUUGCACAUACUGAACUUGAAGCUGAUGCUAUUGCAACUGGACACUAUGUCAAAACCAGUUUUGGUCCAUACCUUGAACAUUUUAAACCAGACACCAAUGUUUGUUUAUUUAGGGUACAAGACAAGAAGAAAGAUCAGACUUUUUUCUUGUGUCAAGUACCACAGGUACCAUUACGAUACUCUAUGUUUCCUCUUGGAGAACACUUGAAAAGUAAUGUUAAACAAAUUGCCCUAGAAGCUGGAUUGGAUGUAGUUGCCCAUAAAAAGGAAAGCAUGGGCAUAUGUUUUGUGGGGAAACGAGAUUUUCAGAGUUUCAUAUCUGAGUAUAUAUCUGACAAGCCUGGGGUCUUUAUAGACUUGCAUAAUGGUACCGAAGUUGGAACACAUGUAGGCUUUCAUCAUUGGACUAUAGGUCAGCGAAUCAAAAUUCCAGGUUGUUUAAAGGCAUUCUUUGUGUACAAGAAGAUUCCUGAAACAAAUGCUAUACUUGUAGUACAAGGAACGGAUCAUCCGGCACUCUAUUCUGAUUUAGUGGUAACAGGAACUCCUCAUUGGAUAUCUGAAAAACCACAAGAACUUAAUAGUUAUUCCAAAAUAUUAGGUUGUGACUUUCGUUUUCAACAUGCGGAUUCUACGAUACCCUGUUUAAUUCACCAAACUAUAAAUGAUCAACUAGUAAUUCGACUUAGCAAACCGUUAAGAGCUCUUACAGAGGGUCAGUUUGCUGUUUUAUAUAAUGGUGAAGAGUGUUUAGGUAGCGCUCCGAUUAUACGUGUUGGUCCAUCAUACUAUGUUCUUGAUAAAGAAGUGAGACAAGAAUAUAAGCAAAUGGAUGAUACAAACGAAGAACAAAUUGUACAUGCAGUUGUCUGAUGAAUAAUAUUCCACAGCAAGUUAUUGUAAAAUACACUGUGUUGGAAUUUUUAUUAGUGAAAAAUAAACUAUUCCGAAAAAUUA